CAUUGAUGUUUCUCUUUGUAGGUACUUCUCUUGUAGGCUGAGACCAUGGACAAGGGAAAUUAUUCUAGGGUGCCGGAGUUUGUUUUGCUGGGACUCUGCAGUUCCUGGGAGCUCCAGUAUUUCUUCUUUGUGUUUUUUAACUUGUUGUACAUUGCCAUUGUGCUGGGCAAUCUUCUCAUUGUUUUUACAGUGAUUUCGGAACCUGCCCUGCAUACACCCAUGUACAUCAUGCUCAGUAACCUUUCCGUUUUUGAUAUUUUUCUUGCCUCUUAUGCAACCCCUAAGAUGAUCCAUGAUUUCCUUCAUGAACCCAAGACUAUCUCCUUUGAGGGCUGCAUGGCCCAGAUAUUCUUGCUCCAUGUCUUUGCUGGUGGUGAGAUGGUGCUCCUUGUAGCCAUGGCCUAUGACAGGUAUGUAGCCAUUUGCAAACCUCUCCAUUAUGCAACCAUCAUGAACUUGUGCACAUGUACAGGCCUAGUGGUAGGAUCUUGGGUCAUUGGGGUUAUGCACUCCCUGAGCCAGUUAGCUUUCACUGUAAAUUUGCCCUUCUGUGGCCCAAACAUAGUGGACAGUUAUUAUUGCGACCUUACUUUGGUCAUCAAACUUGCCUGUACAGAUACUUAUAUCCCUGAAGUGUUGAUGCUUUUGGACAGUGGUCUUAUGGGGGCAACGUCAUUUUUUCUUUUGCUGAUCUCCUACACGGUCAUUCUGAUUACUGUGCGGCGACAUUCCUCAGCAGGUAUGGCCAAGGCUCGCAGCACUCUGACUGCCCACAUUACUGUGGUGACCCUGUUCUUUGGGCCCUGUAUCUUCAUCUAUGCCUGGCCUUUCAGCAACUUACCAGUGGAUAACAUUUUGUCUGUAUUCUCUACAGUUUUCACACCUAUAUUAAACCCCCUUAUUUACACAUUGAGAAACAAAGAGGUAAAAUCAGCAAUUCAUAAACUGAAGACCCAGUAUGUAACUUCCAGGCUGUCUUCCCAGCUCUCUCUCAUAAGACUAGAUUUGUUGAAUUGA